AUGGCCGACCGUCCCAAACGCGAGCUGAAAGUGCUUUCACUGGGAAUGACACGUACUGGAUCGGCCUCGAUAACUCAAGCUCUUGAGAUGUUGGGAUAUGAAGGUGUACAUCAUGGCAUCCAGGCUCUAAGCUCACCACUUGAGUGGCAGUUGUUCAGCAAGGCCUGUGAUGCCUUCUUUCCCGUGCUCCCUACCUACACGGGUCAGCCAUUCACGCGCGCAGACUGGGAUAUGCUCUUUGGGCCUUACGAAGCCGUCACCGACAUGGGAUCAUUCUUCGCGACGCAACUGAUCGAAGCCUAUCCCGAGGCGAAGAUUAUCCUGGUAGAGCGUGAUAUCGACGAGUGGUAUGACAGUAUGGAAGAGGCCAUCUUUAGUACGACGUGGGGUUUGCGCGCAGAUAUUGUCAUCAACGUGUUGGGACCACUUUACGGGCUCAACGGCGGCAAGACAAUUCGCAAAAUCAUGCUCGGUUUCUACGGCGUGCGCAAUGUGAAGGACAUGCGACGGGUUGCUAAGGAUCGAUAUAAGCAACAUUAUGCAGAAGUCCGAGCUGCGGUGCCGGCGGAGCGCUUGCUCGAGCUACGGUUAGAAGAUGGUUGGAAGCCGCUAUGUGAGUUCUUGGAAAAAGAAACACCGAACACGCCAUUUCCCGUAAAGAACAAGAGAGGAGAGCACGUCAAGAGGGUUAGGCAGAAACAGAAUAUGUUCUUCAAGCACGUCGCGGCGAGGUUUGCCAAGAAUGCAAUACCUUACGGCAUGGGUGCUGGAGUCAUAGGCUUCAUUGCCUGGAGGAGUAGAUCCGGUGUCCAAUGGGCUACGAUGUUGUGCACCGUGAAGCAGGCAUUGGCGCAGGCAUGGUGA